AUUCGAGAUCGCCGCUACCUGCUGUGCCCAUCAGAGGUCACAGUUCACCACUUAAAGAAGUUCAUCAGGAUAAAGUUCCACUUGAGUGACAGUUACAAGAUUGAAAUGUACAGGGCUAGAGAGGAGCUGUCUGAUGACCUCAUGUUACAGGACAUAGCUUUGAUCUACUCUUGGCGUGGUGACAGACCAAUGAAUCUUUGUUACACAAUAACUGAACCACCUAAAACCAAGUCUGGACAGUUCUUCAAGAAAACACAGUUGGUCAACAAACAGUCUGAUGUUUGCCACAUCCAUGCAGCAUCACCAGCAGACAAAGAAUCGCACCCAGAAAGCAAACUUUCAAAUUUGACAAUGUGCUCUUCAGAAGAUGACCUGUCAUCUUUAGCCAUCUCGACAUCUGAUGUUGUUCUCACGCCUACCAGUGAUACUAAUGCCUCAAAAUCUACAUCUUCGUCACCAGUGUCAGAGGUAAUGACACCAUUGUCAGCAGAAUUACCUGUUACUGGAGCGUCACUCUCCAGCAGGUCUGCAGUUCCGUGUAAUGACGCCACAAGAACAACCACGCCUUCUGCCUGUAUUAAUGCUAGCAGCACAUUAUCAAAUAAUAAGCUAUCAGAAGCUGCAGUCCAUCCUCAUGAAGUCAGCAGUGCUACAUCUUUACAACCUCCGCCAUUUGGCUCUUAUGUUUCAAAACAGCCAGAGCCAACACUUGUACUGGGCUCAUCAACAAAUAACAAAUCACAGUCCAAGCCUGGAACAGCUAAACAGGAAAUCAGUAAGCUAAUGCAUAGUGUCGAAUCCAUCUUAAGUAAGACUCCUAAAACAAAUCAUCGCAAAAGCAAAAAUAAAACACUCACUUGGACCCCGGCUUGUGAAGUUCUUGCGGCUUCUAGUAAUCUUUGCAAGGAUAAAAAUGGCAAAACCGCUAGUAAAAAUGUUAAAUAUAAACUUGAGGUUAAUUUGAGUGAACUUCCAAAAUGUUCAGUAGCCAGUGACAGUCAUACUAGUAAGAAUGUAGAUCAUCUAAUCUUGGGGUUUAAAAGAUCACAAAGUGUCAUAGAAACUUCUGGAGCAGUAGUUGAAGGUCAAGGACAGAAGUCACAGGAAGUUGUCAGCAACAGCCAGCCUCUCAGUGGAGAUGCACUGUGUCAAACAGAGGCUACAACUGAUAUUUUCUUUUCUUACAUUCCAAAAUUUCAGAAACACAGAAAGCUGUAUGCUGUGAAAAGAUCGGUGUCAUAUGAAGGCCCCUCAGAAAUGCCUGUUCUUGCAGUAGCCACUUCUGAUGCCAUGGAGAAACGCAACUGGAAGAAAAGGAAGCUGUCAACAUUAGAUUUUGAUUCAUCAAAAGUCACAGCUGUUGAAAGUUGUUCUCCUACCUCAGAUAAUGUGGUCUCAGCAGUAGAAGUAGAUUCGGUCAGUUAUAAUCGUCACAGCUCUGAAGAUACAACAAAUAGAUCUGGACCAGCUAUAGCUGUGCCUCCAGAUAAUGCAAAGAACUCACCACAGUUAACUUCUCACAACAGCGUUGUGUCAACCUCCGCUUCUUACAAAAUUCCUUCUGCAGACACUUCUAUGCCUGUAUUGCUACCCCAAGAGAAUCCCAUAGUAGGCUUUCAAGAAAAACCUCAGUCAGAUAAUUGUUUACUAGAUCCCAAAGUGAAAAUUUCUCGAAAGUCAAACCAUACACCAUGCACCAACUCCACAUCCACAAACAAAAGCAGCAGAACAUCACAUGAUCAGAAAACCAGUGACUCUUCACACGUGAGUAAGGUAAGUAAAAGCAAGAAACAGUCACGGGUUGUUGACUCUGAUGGUGAAUCUUCCAAAGCAUACAUCAACAAGAAAUCCCUUGGAUAUAUUAUGAACAAAUCUGUGAGUAAUAACUGUGUUAAUGGGAGUGUUAAUGAGAAUGCUCAGAGGUCUUCCAGUAGCAAAUCUGUGGAGGAAAUCUCUGUUGACAUCUGUAGUAGCCCUGUGGAAGUAUCUGUCACCUAUCCAACUCCAUAUGUAACCUCUCCUGGAACAGAAGAUCGAACGGAUAACUUAACUUUACCAGAGAUUCAGACUCAGUGUGUGAACAGUUGUGUAGUGAACUUCCCAGCGAAGAUUGUGCCUUUGGAUUUAUCCAGCAGAAAGAAGAAGUAA